GGUUAGACUAGGCCUCGGUCGCAGCCGGGGCCCGCUCGUUGUUGUCGUCUGGUACCGAAACCGGGAUGCGGCUGCUGCGUGGCGGGCUUCGUUUCCUGCUGAGGCCGGGGAUCCGCCGCGGACCCGACCGGCCCGCCUACCAGCAGGGCCAGAGCCCCACGCCCCGCACCCGAGAGUACUUUUAUUACAUCGACCACCAGGGACAGCUUUUCCUGGACGAUGCCAAAGUCAAGAACUUCAUCACGUGUUUCAAAGACAAGCAGUUCCUGGUCUUCUUCUUCAAGCAGCUCAAGCUGAACCAGAGCGGGCGCUAUGAAGCCGCCUUCCCCUACCUCUCUCCCUGCGGCCGCGAGCAGAACUUUGUCCGAUGCGACGACCAGCCGAUCGUCUUCACCCACCUCCUGCAGGGAGCGUCGGGCGAGGAGCUGUUGUCUUACUGCGGCGGAGCGGACAAGCUGGCGGUGCCCUUCCAGCCCGAGAAGCUGCUGAUGCUGCCCGAGAAUGGGCGCCUCUACCACCCGGGCCCAGAGAAAGCUGGCGGUGUUGGGCUGGUGAAAUCGGCCCUGGCCUUUGAGCUGAGCCCUUGCUUUGACUAUGAGCAAGGGCCCAGCCAGGCGCCCACACAUUUUCGCUGGCGUGACAAGCGCCACACCCUCACGAAUGAACUGCUUCCGUUGAUCCGAAAGGACGAGGGAACGUAGAACCAGCGCUUGCGAGUUGUUUGGUUUGCCAGCCUGUGAACUGCAUAGCCUUCUGGUGUCCGUAGCUGGAGAUUGUGGUGAGGAGAGGGCAGUUCCCAUCAUUCCAUGUGCCAAUCUGAUGAAGAGUGGGAGAUGGGACGCUUUGAUCCAUGGCCAGCUGCCAUCUUGGGAAGGGUUCUGGACAGAGUCUCUUGGAAUAAAAAGGUUCUGUCUCUUAUCCUC